AUGUUCGGUUUUAGAAACAUUGUGACAGGCCUACUAGCCCUAUCAACGCCCAUUUCUACGCUUUCUCUACGCCCUCGCUCCAUUACUCCUCCAGACGGAUGCCCAAUCCCAACAUGGACAGUUAGCAACUUCCGAUGGUACAAUGGCUCGCACUCACUAGACUGCAUCCACAACGAAGCCGACAUCAAUGCCAAGGGCUGCCUCUGCGGCAACGGUUGGUGCAAGCCCGACCCGGCUACUUGCAACGGGACAAUGGUGCCCGUCUGCUAUACCGGCAUGCCCAACUACCAGCCGUGGGGCUACGGCCCCCCGCAAACACUCGACAUUGACUUCGCCGAUGGCCUGAAGUGCCACGACCAGUACAUUGGAUACCGCAUUCACGAUAUUGGCCACGGAGAGAGUAAUUGCGGCUACGCGGAUCGGGGAGAGGGCCGUAUUGUUGCCUUUUACGGUACCUCGGACCUUGAUAGCUCGACUGGACACAUGGACUAUACUCUUGGAAGUGGACAUGCCCUUACUUGUGCCAAUGGGAGCUCUAUCACUUAUUCGGGAAGUGUGAAUUUCCCGCUUACGUGCGCUCACGACGCGUAUUUUAACGCCACUUGCACGGCUCCUGUAUUUGAUAUUCCUGUCUUGACCUAUCAAUGGAUUUAA